AUGAUGAUGGAGUCCAGUAUCAACAGCGCAACAAUCUUACCACCCUACGAAGAAGAAUUCGAAACAGUUGAUAAUCUUCAUUGGUCUCCAGAAACAGCAAACAGCAUUUAUUUGUUUUGGAUACACCAGCUUCAAGCAUCGAUUGGGGUCAACACGACUGUUCUACAGAAACCAGCUCAUUUACCAACAAGCUGUCAACAGUUUUUCCAAAGACACAUGAAUCAGAUACGCCAGUCCUUGAAAGAGAAAGACAUAGUGGCAGCAGUGGAUGUCAGAUAUGAUACCCCAGCAUCUGAAUUCCCACAGUUUAUACACAGCUUAGAUACGUGGCACAAAGCAAAAUCCAUAGCUAAACGAUUAGCAGAAACAUCCAAGAAGGCAGCUAGUAAGGAGCUUAUACCAUGGAUUAGAAAAAUCAUCAAUCUCUUUUGGUACUGCUGUCACGUAUCGAAGGGAAGUGUCGACAGACUAACACGUCGCUGGUUUGGUAUACUUUACCAUGUUACCAAUGUGCAUUCGUGGGUCACUGACAGGUGCAGACAUAGAGAAAAUGAAAUAAUUGACGACCCAUCAAGAUCGUGGUUGAACAAAUCAAGUACCGCGUAUAAAAAUCUAAGAUCUAUUAUCACAGAUAAAUAUUUCCUGGGAAACCUGAAAUACUACACACGGUGCAGACAAACAUGGUGCAUUGAGAAUUUCUACUCUCAUUCCUUACUGAAAUAUUGUCCAAAAAGAAUAGGAUUUAGUUUCGAUGGUUAUGUGAUGAGAAACCAACUAGCCAUCAUAGACUACAACCAUCAUACAGGAAGACCAGCGCUUACCAACUCACAGGACGAAGUUUGCGGAAUGCCACAGUUCUCGAGGAAAACCAAGCACUGGGUAGCAUAUGAAAGGCUUGUAUGUAAGAGUUAUGACUAUAUACCAGAUCUUAUGUCAGAAUGCAUGUAUCAUAUAUACCGUGCCAGAAACGAAGACUACAAAAAGGGUAAAAGGUCCCUAGAAUUGGAUGACAUAGCACCAAAUCUGUCGGGAGAGUCAAAUCCGGAAACGACGUCAAAUUUAUUGAAAGAAAUGAAACGAAGAAAAAGUGAAGAUAUUAUACUGAAAAUCACUGAUAAGAAUGAAGAGAAUGAAGACGACGAUGAAGAGAAUAAUGAUGAAUCUGAUGCUGCUGCUGAAAUUUGCCAAGAUGAAGAUUUACAGUACAUUUUAUUAAGACAUUCCACUUCCACUCUUCGUAAAUAG